AUGCCCAGAAUCAGGAAGAAGACCUCUAACCGACAAAACACCCGUGACAGGGCCAAGAUCACCAAGAAGGCCGCUGAGCAGAAGCGCAAGAACAAGAAGGCCGGCAAGAAGGAUCAGACAUGGAAGUCCAACAAGAAGGCCGACCCUGGAGUUCCCAACAGCUACCCCUUCAAGGACCAGGUCCUUGCUGAGAUUGCCGAAGAGAAGCGAAGAGCCGAGGAAGACAGGAUUGCUAGGAAGGAAGCUGCCAAGACAAAGAAGCAGGAGGAAGAGGAGGUCGACACCCCCGGUAUCUCCUCCGUCCUGCGUUCUGUCAUGAGCCGCAACGGUCCCCUCACUGCCACUUCUGCUCUCCCCGUCGAGGUCGAGGAGGAGGACUCUGACAUUCCCGAGCUCAUCGACACUGCUCUCCCCACUCUGCAAGAAGCGCUGGACAGGGCGGAUGUGAUCUGUGAGGUUGUGGACGCCAGGGAUGUUCUCGGUGGCAGGAGUGCCUACAUCGAAGGGCUUGUCAAGGAAGCGGAGGGCAGGGUCGUUCUCAUUGUGAACAAGAUUGACCUUGUUCCCCGAGAGGCUCUUCAAUCGUGGCUCUCUCAUCUCGACAUUCCGACCUUCCUCUUCAAGUCUGCUCUCCCUCCUCUCCCUCCUACUGCCGGCUCUUCCAAGAACCCCGGUCCCCAUUUCUUCAUGGAGCCCGAGUCUGUCCUCGGUCGAACAGAAUUUCUUGCCGCUGCCAAGAAGUGGUCGCAGAACAAGAAACAGUCGACAAAGAGCGCCGAGCCCCUUGUCCUUGCCCUUAUGGGUCUUCCCACCGUCGGCAAGACUUCCAUCCUCAAAUCUCUUCUUCCCUCCACCGCCAACAAGUCCAGACACCUUGUCACCCCCAUCAUCCCUCCUGCGCAGUCUUCCAAGCAGCCCCAGCCUACCACCAAGGCUCCUGUUGAGGUCGAGCUCGAUGUGGAUGGUGUGACCAUCAAGAUCAUCGACACUCCCGGAUGGGAGCCUGUUGAGGAUGACGAAGACGAGGAAGAGGAGGAGACUGAGGAGGAGGAGGACCCUGAAAAGUGGGACAAGCUGGAGGCGAGGUUGGCUGGUGACCUUUUGAGGAGAAAUAUGGGCCGUAUCGACAGGGUCAAGGACGUCUUUCCCUUAGUCAACUAUAUCGUUCAACGCUGUAACCACCAAGAUUUGAUGCUCGCCUACAACAUCCCCUUUUUUGAGAAAGGUGACCUCCAAGCCUUCCUUACCGGUCUCGCGCGAGCCCAUCAACGGAUCAAGAAGCACGGAACGCCCGAUCUCGAGGGCGCCGGCCGUGUCCUCUUGCGUGAUUGGGCAUACAACACUUUCCCAUACUACGCCACCGCCCCUGCGGCUUCAUCAGCGGACAUGGAGGUGGAGGAAGUGGAAAAGUUUGACAUGACUGCUGUGCUUGAAAAGUGCAAGGGAAAGAAGGACAUGAAGAAGGAGAGCGCCAAGGGCAUUGUGAGAUUCAAGAGCGGAGAUGUCGACACACGUGAUAUCAUUCUUGAUGAUGACUACACAGAGAUGGCCGCGGGGUCCGACGAUGGAUCCGAAGACGAGGAUGAGGAUGAGGAUGAGGACAGCGAGGCCGAUCUUGAAUUUGAUGAGGCAGUCACCGAGGAGGGCGACGAGGAUGAGGCACCCUUGCUGGUCGGUUCUGAAGACGGCGAAGAGGUCGAAUUCGACAACGACGUCGAGCCUUCUGAUGAUGACGAGGAAGCCGAGGAAGAGUCUGACGACGAGCCUGAGCUCCCCUCCCCUCCCAAGUCCACCCUCAAAUCCAACAAGAGACGUAUCUCCGAAGUCUCUCUUGCGCCCAAGAAGAAGGCCAAGAGGGUGUCUUUUGCAAAGGAAUCGAAGGCUGGCAAGGCGGUCAAGGGCAGCAAGUCGCAGAAGAAGGGGAGCAGGAGAAAGUGA